GAGACCGACGUCAGCUCCGGAAUCUGGGCAGGGUGUGAGGGCGGGUGCGUGAGUUGACAUCCAGACAGAAGUAGGGACGGCGUCCUGGGCCCGGAGGCAAGGUCCGGGCUGGGGUCGGAGGCCACCUUUGCCCCACCCGCCCUUUGACGACGCCGCGCCGUUCGAGACCCCGGAAUCCCUUUGUGCGCGGCCUUCGGGCCCUGCUCGACCCGUCUAGAGCAUCCCGCUGAGCGCGCCCCAGCUCCUCAGCCUUGGGGUCCCCGCCGCCGAUGGCGCCUCAAAGCCUAGGUCGGGCGGCCCCGAAAACUUUACAAGUGCCUCAGGGGCAGCGAGGUCAAGGAACUUUACUGGGGCGCCUUGCAACUGGGAAGCGCAGCGGUACGGCGGAGCCAAGGGGAUGUCCCCGCACCUCGCGAGGAAGCGAGGGAGGAGCCCACGCAUCAUCCCAGCCCGACGUCCUGGCCUAGGUCGGCUCCACAUGUCACCCACCCCUGCGACCCGGUGGUUGGACACCGGCCCCGGGCCCUCUGAGAGGAGCUGGAGCCCGAAGAAUGGGUGUAAGGACAACCUGAUCUGCCCUAGAAAAAGCUUCCCAGGUGGCUGAGACUACAUGUGUACAUAUCACCUAUGCCCAGCUGUCUUUGUUUCUCAAAGCCUGCAUCUUUGGGGUCCAGGGUUCCAGUUUGUUGAAUCCAGUGUCCGCUUUGGAGGGUGCAUACAGCGGUUCCCAGUGUCUGUGCUAGUGAAUGUGUUCAGCAGGAUUAAGCAGGAGGCAGCUUUUCAGCUUCCCUUGGCAGCUGGCUGGUGCCCUGGCCAUGGAGGACUGCAACGUGCACUCGGCAGCCAGCAUCCUGGCCUCAGUGAAGGAGCAGGAAGCCCGCUUCGAGCGGCUGACUCGGGCGCUGGAGCAGGAACGGUGCCACGUUGCCCUGCAGCUGGAGAAUGCCCAGCAACCUGGCAUGGGCAGUGGUGGUAUGGGCAGUGGGCAGUCUCUGCCAAUGGCCUGGCAACAACUAGUUUUGCAGGAACAGAGCCCGGGCAGCCAGGCAUCGCUGGUCACGAUGCCUGAGGCGCCCGAGGUGCUCGAGGAGACUGUGACAGUGGAAGAGGACCCUGGCACGCCCACCUCCCAUGUGUCCAUCGUCACAUCUGAAGAUGGAACAACCCGGCGUACCGAGACCAAGGUCACCAAGACAGUCAAGACAGUGACCACGAGGACAGUACGCCAGGUGCCUUUGGGCCCAGAUGGACUCCCCCUGCUGGAUGGCGGCCCCCCACUUGGCCCUUUUGCCGAUGGCCCCCUGGACCGGCAUUUCCUGCUUCGCGGUGGUGGCCCAGCAGCCACACUUUCCCGAGCCUACCUCAGCAGCGGAGGUGGCUUUCCCAAUGGCCCUGAGCCUCGUGAUGGCCCUAACUAUGGCAGCCUGUCCCGAGGGCUUGGAGUGCGACCCCCACGCACUGGUCCUCUUGGCCCUGGACCUGGCGAUGGGUGCUUUACACUGCCUGGCCGCCGGGAGGCCUUCCCUGUGGGUCCUGAGCCUGGGCCACAGAGUGGCCGCUCUCUGCCUGAGCAUUUCCAGGCAGAGCCCUAUGGUUUAGAGGAUGACACACGCAGCCUGGCUGCCGAUGAUGAGGGUGGCCCUGAGCUGGAGCCGGACUAUGGCACAGCCACACGGAGGAGACCUGAUUGUGGGCGGGGCCUCCGGGCCAGGACCUACGAGGACACAGCAGAUGAUGCUGGUGAGCUGAUUGACGAGAGGCCCCCAUUCCUGGCAGCAACAGCACCACUAGCUCAGCCUGAGCGGGGCAGCCUGGGCAGCCUGGACCGGGCGGUGAGGCACUCGCCUUCAGUGGACAGCACCCGCAAGGAGCCGCGCUGGCGGGACCCUGAGCUUCCCGAGGUGCUGGCCAUGCUGCGGCACCCUGUGGACCCUGUGAAGGCCAAUGCAGCUGCCUACCUGCAGCAUCUGUGCUUUGAGAAUGAGGGUGUGAAGCGGCGUGUGCGGCAGCUGCGUGGCCUGCCACUCCUUGUAGCACUGCUGGACCACCCUCGGGCAGAGGUGCGGCGCCGGGCCUGUGGGGCACUGCGCAACCUCUCCUAUGGCCGUGACACCGACAACAAGGCUGCCAUCCGUGACUGCGGUGGUGUGCCUGCCCUGGUGCGCCUGCUGCGUGCUGCCCGUGACAACGAGGUCCGUGAGCUAGUCACCGGCACGCUGUGGAACCUGUCAUCCUAUGAGCCCCUGAAGAUGGUCAUCAUUGACCACGGCUUGCAGACACUGACACAUGAGGUCAUCGUGCCCCAUUCGGGCUGGGAGCGGGAACCGAAUGAGGACUCCAAGCCUCGGGAUGCCGAGUGGACGACUGUUUUCAAGAACACAUCAGGCUGCUUGAGGAAUGUGAGCUCUGAUGGUGCUGAGGCCCGGCGACGACUCCGAGAGUGCGAGGGUCUGGUGGAUGCCCUCCUGCAUGCUCUGCAGUCAGCUGUGAGCAGGAAGGACACAGACAACAAGUCAGUGGAAAACUGCGUGUGCAUCAUGCGGAACCUGUCCUACCAUGUGCACAAGGAGGUGCCUGGUGCCGACAGGUACCAGGAGGCUGAGCCCAGGCCCACAGGCAUUACUGCAGGCUCCCAGCGACGGAAGAGGGAUGACGCCAGCUGCUUUGGUGGCAAGAAGGCCAAAGGCCUCUCCUUCCCUGUCGCACGGGUGGGCACUGAGCCCUACAAUAUUCAAGAGGAGUGGUUCCAUCAAGGAGUCUACCUCAUUUCCUGCCACCCUUCCAUUCCAGGGAAGAAGGAUAGUGAGAUGGACCGGAACUUUGACACGCUGGACCUGCCCAAGAGAACUGAGGCUGCUAAAGGCUUUGAGCUGCUGUAUCAGCCCGAGGUGGUACGUCUCUACCUCUCCCUCCUUACGGAGAGCCGGAACUUCAACACUCUGGAGGCUGCUGCUGGUGCUUUACAAAACCUCAGUGCUGGGAACUGGAUGUGGGCUACAUACAUCCGUGCCACAGUGCGCAAGGAGCGUGGGCUGCCGGUGCUGGUGGAACUGCUGCAGUCUGAGACGGACAAGGUGGUGCGUGCUGUUGCCAUUGCAUUGCGCAACCUCUCGCUGGACCGGCGCAACAAGGACCUCAUAGGGAGCUAUGCCAUGGCUGAGCUGGUGCGGAACGUGCGAAAUGUGCAAGUUCCUACACGUCCUGAGGCCCGUCUGGAGGAGGACACAGUGGUGGCCGUGCUAAACACCAUCCAUGAGAUCGUGUCUGAUAGCCUGGACAAUGUGCGCUCACUCCUGCAGGCCCAUGGUGUGCCAGCGCUUGUGGCACUGGUGGCAGCCAGCCAGUCAGUUCGUGAGGCAAAGGCAGCCUCACAUGUGCUGCAGACCGUGUGGAGCUACAAGGAGCUGCGCAGCACCCUACAGAGGGAUGGCUGGACCAAGGCACGCUUCCAGUCAGCUGCUACCGCCGCCAAGAGCCCCAAGGGAGCACAGAGUCCUGGGGGUUUCGAUGACAGCACACUGCCGCUGGUAGACAAGAGCCUUGAUGGUGAGAAGGCAGGCAGCCGGGAUGUGAUCCCCAUGGAUACACUUGGUCCAGCUCCCACCCUACCCCAUUCCACAGACGGAUACUCUACUGUGGACCGGAGGGAGCGGAGGGCCCUGGGCAGCAACUCUGCAGGGGAGGGCUCUGAGAAGGAACCAUUAAAACCCGACCCCAGCAGGAAGGCCCCUCCUUCUGGGCCCAGCAGGCCUGCGGUCAGGCUGGUGAACGCCGUGGGGGACUCUAAGCCUCAGCCUGUUGACUCCUGGGUCUAGCUUGCAUGCCUGGUACGUUUUCUUGUCUGGUGGUUCUCUUGUCUGGUUGUUUGUCCAUUUUCCCUGAGCAGGGGCUUCUUGUUAAUCUGCUGCUUGCAUGCUCUGCUCUUCUUGUGUGCUCCCCAGAAAGCACAGCAGGCCCAAGUGCUCAUCUUAGGUGAGAUCAGACAGAGGUCCUCUCAGGGCUUACAGCCCUAUCCUAGGCACUGUGAGAUCAGGGACCAGCCCCUAGACCUUCAAACACCCCUAGCACAGGGCUCCACAAGGAUGCAAGGCAGGCUGACCAUGGACAGCUUGGGGCUGCUCUGUAAGGGUGGGCCCGGGCAGGGAGGAUUUGGAGGUAGUGAAGUGGGGCUCAGGCUUUGCUUACCCCCUUCCACGCUUGGAGUCCUGUGGAUGUGAGACCCCCCAAGCAGAGGGACCCUGCACUGAGCCACUUCUGGCUAGGGCCAUCAUGGCUGCCACAAUGCAUCUUUCUAGAACCUCAGUAACUUCCAGAAACUGACCUCCAGCGGUGGUCAAGUGAGUCAAGAUUUGCCUUGGUGUCAAGUCACGUGGGGUUGCUCUAACCCCCUAAAGGUUUUCACCCGCCCUACUCUUGACCUACAGCAGCUGGAGCUUUUGUUCACAUCUCCUUCAGUGUGGCCCAUGGAAGCAAUUGCCCUGUCUGUCUGUUGCCCUGCCCCAUUCUGCUGGCCCUUCCUGUGUGUUUGGCUGCAGGGUCUACCUUUCCCUCCCUCUGCAGGGCCUGGGUUCAGCCAUUUGUUCUUAGAGACUGGAUCGCCAGGAGAAGGGCCAUCCUGGGCAGACCCUGUCAUGGAGCUUGGAGCCCUCUGGUGGCAGGGGUUUGGUGGAGCCUCCUGCCCUGAGCCAGGGCCCGAUUUUCUGCAUACUCUCCUGUCCAUCCCUCCCUCUGCUCUCCUGACCUAACUCCAAGGCCUGAGUUAGCUGUUUACUGACAUGGUGCUGUGUGUGAGUGAGCGGAAGAAUGUUGGGGCGGGGCCCAGGGAGGCAACAGGGGAAGGAGCCUGGCUUUGGUUUGGCAGAAUAGGAGAGUGUACCCCAUAUGCAAGUGCCCCAGAGGAGCAAUAUAGACUGGGGGAGGAGGUCCUGGGGACAGGCAGCCAGGCAGGGAGAGGGGGUAAAGCAGUUGAAUUCCAGAGGGGAUCCCCUGGCUAGAGCCCCAUCCUGCAUGGCAGGUUGACCAUGGGCAGCUUGGGGCUGCUCUGUAAGGGUGGGCCCAGGCAGGGAGGCUUUGGAGGCAGUAAAGUGGGGGUCCGGCUCUGCUUACCCCCUUCCACCCUUGGAAUCCUGUGGAUGUGUGAGACCCCCCCCCCCCCAAGCAGAAGGACCCUGCACUGAGCCACUUCUGGCUAGGGCCAUCAUGGCUGCUACAUUGGAUCUGUCCAGAACCUCAGUAACUUCCAGGACUGACCUCCAGCGGUGGCAGGAGACUGCUGUUCAGUGCCUGCUGUUUGUGACUUAAAAACAGAAGAAAAACACUGAUAAAAAGCAUUAAGAUGAAACCAAAAUAAGAUUGUAUUGGUAAACAUCUAAAUUUUUGUAAGAAAAUUUAAAAAUUAAAAAAAGCAAAGUAA